AUGAUGCUUGAAAUAAGCCAGAAGCUUAAGGAGCCCCCCGCCGUAGCUGUCACUGGACCAUCCACUCCGGCGUUAUCAGAACAUGCUUCCCCGUCGACGGGAGGCACGCACGUUGCUGAUCUCCCCGGGAAAGAAAUUGCUGGAGAAGCUCCUUCUGCCACGCCAAUCAUCGCCAAUUUAGAUCCUCCUCCGAAGGAAAACCCAACACCUCGCCUAAGUGACGAGAGUGAAAAACGUUUGGCAAAGAUGGAAGAGCAACUAUGUGUCUUGCAAGGUUAUGAGUUGAAAGGAGCUGAUAGGUUAUCUCCAUACACCAAGACGAGCUUUCCUGAGAAUUUCCAGGAGCCUGAGUUCACAAGAAAGUAUGACGGAACGGGAUGCCCAAGGACCCACCUUAGGUAUUACAUGAGAAAAAUGGCUCGCUAUGCUGACAACGUGCCAUUCCUCAUACACACAUUCCAAGAUAGUUUGGAAGGCAUUGCCCUGACGUGGUUCAUUGCGCUGGACAUUGAAGAAUUCACUAGUUGGGACGACUUAGCCAAUGAGUUCUUACAACAAUACCGGUUUAACACCGAGCUUGCCCCCACGAGGGAAGAGUUGACUCGCGUUGAGAAGAAGAGGAAUGAGUCAUUCAAGGCCUUCGCGCAAAGGUGGAGGACCAUGGCCUCACAAGUGAAGCCGGCCUUAAAUGAGAGGGAGAUGAAGCAGUUGUUCCUCAAGACUUUGCCCUCUGAAUACUUCCAAGGGUUAGUAUUCUCGGGUUGCCAAACAUUUUCACAGCUAGUUGAGGUAGGUGAAGGAGUUGAAUGGGCAAUGGUUGAGGGAAAGAUUUCAACCGGAGGCGCGAAGAAAUUCCCACCAAGAAAGGAUAAGGAGGCCGCAAUUGAAGUAGCACUUGUGCAAGAGCCCCAUUUCCCUCGGCCAACCGCAACACCCGCGCACAAGCCUACGAUGGUUCCAGGUAGUUCAUCACAAGCAUUCGAUAAUGGCAAGAGGCCGUUUCGAAAGGGGUUUUCUCCACUACCACGCCCGCUGUCAAAGUUAUUGCCCAUGCUUCUUGAAAAGAGGAUGGUUGCAAAGGAGGUGCCUAGAGAUAACCCCCCAAGGUUCGCCGGAUUCGAUAUAACCAAGACCUGUGAAUACCACAUGGGAGAAGUGGGGCAUGAUGUAGAUAAUUGUCACAUGCUAAGAUACAAAGUUCAACAGCUUCUAGACAAGAACAUAUUGACUUUCGGGAAGCUCAGCCCAAUGUGCAACGUAACCCUCUACCAAAUCAUGUAG